ACAGGAGAUGACCAGAGACUGCGGACACAGUACAGGGAUGACCAGAGAACUGCGGACAUAGUACAGGAGAUGACCAGAGACUGCGGACAUAGUACAGGAGAUGACCAGAGACUGCGGACACUACAGGAGAUGACCAGAGACUGCGGACAUAGUACAGGAGAUGACCAGAGACUGCGGACACAGUACAGGAGAUGACCAGAGACUGCGGACACAGUACAGGAGAUGACCAGAGACAUGCGGACACAGUACAGGAGAUGACCAGAGACUGCGGACACAGUACAGGAGAUGACCAGAGACUGCGGACACAGUACAGGAGAUGACCAGAGACUGCGGACACAGUACAGGAGAUGACCAGAGACUGCGGACACAGUACAGGAGAUGACCAGAG